GAGUCACCUCAAGCUUGGACUGCACCAGGUUUUGAAUCUGGCAGUUUUGAACUGAACUAGAACAGUUCUAGUACAAAAUUCAUUCUGAUCGUCAAAAAGAAAAUCAUCCCCCACCAUGUCUCCCUCCACCAAUACCAGAGAAACCCAACAUGUUCCGCAACUCACCCUACAACACAACCAGAAACAAGCAAGCCAUGGAGAAACCGAGAACCAAACUCUGCACCCCUACUUGCAACACCUCGUGCAUGAGUUCGAGGGACUCGCAAUUCGUAACAGACAACUGGAAAUGGAACUCUCUGAGGCAAGAGACAACGACACUCGGCUAGGCGACGAGGAUACACAGCUGAAUGAGGAAUACUACCAGGAGCUACGCCACAAGACACGAAAACUUCACUUUCUGGAGGGACAAUGUAUCACGCUUUACAGGAUGAACAGAAAACUGGAAGGACAACUUGCAAAAAUGAUCGAAGCUCAUCUCGCUCGAAAGGCAAAAGAAGAUGAGAUUACUGGGCUCAAAGACAAGAUCAGUACUCUCGAGAGCGAGCGUACUGGUCUACAUAACAAGGUAGCCAGUUUGCAGGGCAAGGUCGAUGGUCUUAAUGACAAGAUUGCCAGUCUGGAGAGUGAAAACAACGGACUUAGAACUAAAGUUGCUGGUCUUCAGGGCAACAUCGACACUUUGCAAAACAGAGUCGCCGAUGGCAAAGUUGAGAUUACUGAUCUCAAGUAUGAUCUCGAGGACGCAGAAGAUCGUGCAAGUAGACUCGAAAAAGACAAGAAGCGUUUGGAGAACACAGUCUACUACUUGAGAGAUCUACUAUCGCGGAAGAAAUGCAAGUUCUUCUAACACGGCACUUAUGGUGGGUUUGCGUUCUAUCCUGCAGAAGUUGAAAUGACAUGUUGGACUUGUCCUACUCAAGCUGAAUACGGAACUAGUCGUCUCAUGAUUUUUGUUUACACUAUAGAAUGAAUUGCUUUUUCGUUCACAUUGGGCGAUAGAUCGAGUUAUGAGAUGUGAGGACUCGAAAUCUGUAUUUGAUUAGGCUAAAUUUGCUGAU